AUGAGUGACGAUGAGGAGCCAGUAUCGGGUAACAAGCCUUUGCGCUUGCCAAAGAAAGCUGCGAAAGUCAAGAAUAAGGCUCCAGCGCAGCUCCAAAUCACAGCUGAGCAGCUUCUUCGUGAGGCUAAAGAGCGUGAAUUGGAGUUAAUUCCUUUGCCUCCUAAGACAAAGAUCACUGAUCCUGACGAGUUAGCUGAAUUUCAAAGGAAGAAAAGGAAGGAGUUUGAAGAUGGAAUCCGUAAAAAUAGAAUGCAAAUUGCAAACUGGAUCAAAUAUGGAAAAUGGGAAGAGUCAAUUGGUGAGAUACAACGUUCACGAUCAGUAUUCGAACGCGCUCUCGACGUUGACCAUCGUUCGAUCACCAUUUGGUUGCAGUAUGCUGAAAUGGAGAUGAGAAGCAAGCAAAUCAAUCAUGCACGAAAUAUUUUCGAUCGUGCAGUAACAAUUCUACCACGGUGCAUGCAGUUCUGGUUGAAGUACUCCUACAUGGAGGAAGUGAUUGAAAACGUUCCAGGCGCAAGACAGAUUUAUGAACGCUGGAUGGAAUGGGAACCAGAUGAGCAAGCAUGGCAGACAUACAUCAACUUUGAACUGAGGUACAAAGAAAUCGACCGUGCACGCUCGAUAUACCAACGGUUUUUACAUGUUCACGGAACAAAUGUCAAUAAUUGGAUAAAGUACGCACGAUUCGAGGAGAAACAUGGUUACGUGGGCAACGCAAGAGCGGUCUACGAGCGAGGGAUGGAGUACUUUGGAGAGGACCACAUCAACGAGAAGCUCCUCGUAGCUUUUGCUUUGUUUGAAGAGAGGCAGAAGGAACAUGAGAGAGCGCGGGUUAUCUACAAAUACGGGUUAGACCACCUUCCGCCUGACCGUACAGCGGACGUUUUCAAGCACUACACAGUACAUGAGAAGAAGUUUGGAGAAAGAGCUGGGAUUGAAGAUGUGAUUGUUAGUAAACGGCGCACUCAAUACGAGAAGCAAGUGGCCGAAAACUCUUUCAACUACGAUGCAUGGUUUGAUUAUUUGCGAUUGCUCGAGAAUGAGGAGUGUCCUCGAGAAGAAGUAGAAGAUCUGUAUGAACGUGCUAUAGCAAAUAUUCCACCGCACGAAGAGAAACGCUAUUGGCGACGAUAUAUUUACUUAUGGAUCAAUUAUGCUCUUUAUGAAGAAUUAACGGCUCACGAUGUGGAACGAACGAGACAGGUGUACAAGGCGUGCCUCGAUGUAAUCCCCCAUAAAAAGUUUACAUUCGCCAAAAUUUGGAUCAUGUUUGCUCACUUUGAAAUAAGGCAAAUGGAUUUAUCGGCAGCAAGAAAGAUCUUGGGAGUAUCCAUAGGAAAAUGUCCAAAAGAGAAGCUUUUCCGAGCAUAUAUUGAUCUUGAGUUACAAUUACGUGAAUUCGAUCGAUGUCGGAAAUUAUAUGAAAAGUUCCUUGAAUAUUCAUCAGAGAACAGCAAUACAUGGAUUAAAUUCGCCGAACUCGAAACGCUCCUUGGUGAUGUAGAACGUGCUAGAGCUAUUUUCGAUGUUGCUGUUCAGCAGCCGGCGUUGGAUAUGCCUGAGAUUUUGUGGAAGGCUUACAUUGACUUCGAAAUCAAUGCAGAAGAGUACGAGAAAGCACGCGAUCUCUACGAAGCGUUACUGCAGCGUACGAACCACAUAAAGGUUUGGAUCUCUUUAGCAGAAUUCGAGUUGUUUAUUGGGAACGUUGACGGAGCCAGAAAGGUAUACGAACGCGCAAAUCGAGCGCUCGAGAAUGCAGAGAAGGAGGAGCGUUUGAUGCUGUUAGAGGCAUGGCUGGAGGCAGAGAAAAAAAUUGGUGAUAUUAAUGCCAUUCAAAAGGUGGAGAACAUGAUGCCACGCCGAGUAAAGAAACGUCGGCAAAUUCAAACCGAGGAUGGUGUCGACGCUGGAUGGGAAGAAUACUAUGACUAUAUCUUCCCGCAGGAUCAAGCCGCGAAAGGAUCAUUCAAACUGUUAGAAGCAGCAGCACGAUGGAAGCAGCAGCGAGAGCAAAUGGCAAAAGAAGCACAAGCUGUGACUGACGACCGAGAUAAAGAGCGUGCAGGAGGUGAUGAAUCAGAUAACGAACCAAAUGACAGAGUCCGAGAAGGUGAUUUGAUAGUUCCUUUUUACAUUGUCAUCUUCUGCGUCUGUGACACGGAUAUGGAAAGUAGUAGCAGUGAUUCGGAUUCCGAAAGCACGUCUAGCUCAUCUGAUUCACGACGGUCGACGUGA